AUGAAAGGAAUUCAAAAGAAGGAAGUUAUUGAAGAUUUUGCUAUGAUUGGAGGUUUAAUAGGGAUGCAAUUUAUCUAUGCAGGGAAUUCAGUGUUGGCAAGUUAUCUUAUGUCAUUAGGAUUCAAACCUUCAUCCCUUGUAAUAUUAUCAUCAUUUGCUACAUUUUUUGUCCUUUCUCCAUUCUCCUAUUUUUUUGAAAGGAGUCAAUGGCCAAGGCAAAUGAAUUUGAAGUUAUUGAUUCAAUUAUUGUUAAUUUCUUUUGGAGGGUUGACACUAUUCCAAUCUCUGUAUAUAAAGGGAAUAAGUUUGACUUCACCUGCAAUGGCGACAGCUAUGCCAAACCUCGCACCAGGACUCAUCUUUCUCAUAGCUUGGGCUUUUGGAUUAGAGAAGGUGGAAUUAAGGUGCAAAUAUAGUAAAGUCAAAAUUGCGGGGACAUUAUUUUGUAUUACAGGGGCAAUUCUAAUGAGCCUAAUGCAAAAUAGUUCAAAUUCCCACAUACCAAAGACAGAGGCUCAAUUUUCUUUACCAUCUCCACCACAUGAUGUUGAUAAUGAUGCUGACAUUUUAAAUGAAGAGAAGAUCAAGGGUUCAAUCUAUCUCAUGGCAGCAAUCUUGGUUUUAUCAAGCAGUGUUGUUUUGCAGGCAACAACCUUGGGAGAUUUUCCAGCACCAAUCUCUUUGUCUGCUAUAACUUCUUUUAUAGGCAUGACAUUGACUGUAAUUGUUGAUUUGAUUCAAGAACACUGCUUGGAAAUUGGAUUUCCCUUAACCAUCCGAGACAUGAUUGGAUAUUCCUUACUGGCAGGUAUUAUAAGUGGAGUAUGCAUAAGCUUCAAUAAUUGGGCAAUGAAGAAAAGAGGGCCAGUGUUGGUUUCUGUUUUUAGUCCAAUUGGAACUGUGUUAGCUGUUAUUCUCUCUACAAUCACCUUAAGGGAAUCAAUCCCUCUUGGAAGCCUUGCUGGUAUGUUUCUGAUUUUCAUUGGUCUCUAUUUUGUGCUAUGGGCUAAAGGGAAAGAAGGGUAUUUGAUCAGUUCUUCCAAUUCAUCAGAAAGUGAUGAAUAUGAUGUGGAGAAGCCUCUUCUAAGUUAA